AUGUUACUUUCAGUUGCCAGGAUACCUGCAGUUGCCAAGUUACUUUUAGUUGCCGUGUUGAUUUUGGUUGCUAUGGCAUCCGAAUGGGAUUACUUCGAUUGGGAUGAUUUAGAUACAAAAACAGAGUUCUACAAUGAACCAACACAAUACUGGAACAAAUCAGCUUCAUUAAACCAAUGGUUAGCCAGUAUGCCAACUCAGCAAAAAGAAGAAUGGGGACAUCAACUUAAAGAUUUUCUGCUGGAUUGUCAAUGGAAUGACGUCAUGUGUUCUCCUAAGAAUUUUACAAAGUUUGUCAGUUCGAGAUAUGGAAACUGUUAUACAUUCAACUCUGGUGCUAACAAUUCCACUGUCGUAAAAACCAACUAUGCCGGACCAUAUUAUGGCUUAACGCUGGAGUUGUUCAUUGAGCAAAACGAAUACCUUGAUGACUAUCCGGACUUUGCUGGUGUGCGGGUCGCUAUUCACUCACAGAAAACCAUGCCGUUCCCAGAAGAUGACGGGUUUAACGUGGAACCAGGUCGAGUAACGUCAGUUGGUAUCAGGAGGGUGGAAGUAACACGAUUACCUCAUCCAUAUACUACGUGUAUUAAAGCCGAUCACGAGGGUUACGAGAAUGCCUACACAGAACGAUAUGGUGUUUCCUACAGCUUGGAGACAUGUAUGAAAUCGUGUUAUCAGAAGCGAGUUGCUGAACGUUGUCGUUGUCUAGAUGGAAGAUAUCCUCCGCCUAUCGGUAACGACGAUUUGCAUAUAUGUGCAUAUAGUAACAUGUCAGCGUAUACUUGCCUUAGUAAUGUGGGCGAUGAAUACCGUUCUUAUGAUCUAUCAAUGAAUUGUGAUUGUCCCCAGCCUUGUCAGUAA